CAGGCUACUCUCAGAGCCAUUGAGAGAAAAACCUUCUCCUUUUUCAAACCUGUCAUUGUAACGUUUGCUGGUGAGGAGGCUGUUGAUGCUGGAGGGCCAAAGCGAGAGUUCUUUCGCCUGCUCAUGUCCUGUAUUCGGGAAUCUGCAGCUUUCAGUGGUUCAUGGUUUUCUCAUGAUCUUAAUCAGCUGAGCAGCCAGAAGUACACUUUAUAUGGUAAAUUAGUUGCUUGGAGUGUCUUGCAAGGUGGUACUGGUCCCAGAUGCUUGUCAUCAGAGGGCUACAAGAUAUACAGGGGUGCAACCUUUGACCAAGCUUUAGCUAUUGAGGAUGUCGCUGAUGUACAGAUGAAGGAGAUAUUGAGAGCUACUGCAAAAUGUUGCUCGAAAGAAGAGUUUGAUGGAGUCAUCACCAAGCACGCAGAUCAGAUUGCUUAGUAUGGCUACCCAAACAUAUACACUGCCAAGUUGGCCCAGAAGAAAGAGGUGGUGGACUGUUUGCUGAGGCAAAACUUUGUUUAUGGUGUUCAUGCAGAAUUUUCUCAAUUCAUGGAAGGGAUGGACACCAUUGGCAACUUUGGAUUUAUAGUCAAGGAAAACCAAUCGGUUUUUGAUGCCAUUUUGAGUAGCAAACAUGAUAAGCUUACCUUGGGAGCUUUUUCGUCCCUACAUGAAUUAGACCGAUCUGAGAAAGGAUCAAACAACAGAAGUCGUGAGGAUUCCACGAUUUAUUGUUUUGAGCUCUUCCUCAAGGACCUUGAAGAAGGUGAAGCAGAUGGUUUAACACUUGAGGACCUCCUUGUGUUUAUCACUGGAGCGGAUUCUGUUCCUCCCCUAGGUUUUCAGCAGUUGAUUUCUGUGCAGUUUUACGACUUCACUGGAAAUGUCCACCGUGGUCCCUGGUCAUCAACAUGUGCCCUAACUUUGCAUUUGCCAAGGGGUGUUGAAGACCCACAAGAGUUCAACAAGCUCAUGAAAGAGUCUCUUCUUGAAUGUCAUGGCUUUGGCAAAAUGUGA